AUGUCUACUUCAGUUGCCCCAACUAGUACAUCUGCCACUGCAACUAAGGGAUCAGAUGCAACCACCAGAACACCUGAAACUCUGGCUGCCACCACAGUCCAAGUGACAUCAACCACUAACUCAGCAACAGAUGCUGCCUCCACAACUGCCCCAGCACCUGAUUUUACCACAGAGAGUUCAGAAGCUGAAGCAAACACAGCAGAAGACGCCACUCUCCCAGCUACAGCUGGUUCCACUACUCAAGUUGCCACGACAACUUUAGCAAACACACCCCCUGCUACUGUUGCUACCACUGCUACAGCCACAACCCCCACACAUGUUGGCACCACAAGUGCAACACCUCCCAUAACUCUAGGGAUUGGUGCCACUAGCACUGGUGCCACUUCAUCAUCACCCAGUGCUACCACAACUCUUGCUUCUGCUACCACAGAAAUACUCAGAACUUCUGCCACUGCUUCUAGUUCUGUCACAACGACAGCUUCACCUGGUGCCACAACCACAGCUGCACCAAGUUCUGCAACCACAGUUGCACCAAGUUCUACAACCACCAGUGCACCUGGUACUGCUACCGUAGCUGCCUCAAGUUCUGCCAUCCCACCAGUGGCUGAGACUACCACUGAACCAGCCGAUGACAUAACCACUGAAGCUACUUCCCCAGUGAGUGAGGAAGUUACUGAAACAGCUGAUGACACAACCACUGCAGCUGCCACCACAACUUCACCUAAUGGGGUAGCAACUGGGGCAACGGACUCCACAACCCCAGAAACAAACUUCUCACUCACUGCUACUACAACUGCUGGAUCCUCAAACCCAACAUCUGGGGGAACAAUCACCACCAAAACUGCAGCAGCCUCUUCAACCCCAGGACUAGAUGUGACCACCAAUGGUCCAGUCACAACCUCAGCCACCAGUAUUACAACUGCUGCUGCUGGCACAACCAUAGCAGGUGCUACUACUUCGACCCCUGUGACUUCAGCCUCCACUGCUGAACCAGCUGUGCUGACCAGUGUGGGUGAAACAACCACUCAGGCUUCUGGAGCUACAACCCCAGAGGAUGAGGCUACCACUGAACCAACAGAAGAUACAACCACUGAAGCUCCCACAACUGCACCUGUUGAUGCCAUAACCCCAACAGCUAACCCUACAUCCUCACCAGCAGAGUCCACAUCUCCAGCUGUGAGUACAACUGCUUCAGCUACAACCACAGUAUCUGGAGUAGCAACCAGCACAACCACAGCAGCCUCCACAACUCCAGGAGUUGAUGCCACCACAAGUGCCACCACCUUACCUUCAGUCACUGGUACCACAUCUCCUUCUGGUGCCACCACAACUGUACCAAGUGCUCCCUCUACUACUGAAUCUGGUGUCCUGACCAACAGUGAAGCUACCACCCAGACUCCUGAUGCUACAACUCCAGGGGAAGAGGCUACCGCUGAACCAACAGAAGACACAACCACUGAAGCUGCCACAACUGCACCUGCUGAUGCCACAACCCCAACAGCUAACCCUACAUCCUCACCAGUAGAGUCCACACCUCCAGCUGUGAGUACAACUGCUUCAGCUACAACCACAAUAACUGGAGAAGCAACCAGCACAACCAUAGCAGCCUCCACAACUCCAGGAGUUGAUGCCACCACAAGUGCCACCACCUCAUCUUCAGUCACUGGUACCACAUCUCCUUCUGGUGCCACCACAACUGUACCAAGUGCUCCCUCUACUACUGAGUCUGGUACCCUGACUAACAGUGAAGCCACCACCCAGACUCCUGAUGCUACAACUCCAGGGGAAGAGGCUACCACUGAACCAACAGAAGACACAACCACUGAAGCUGCCACAACUGCACCUGCUGAUGCCACAACCCCAACAGCUAACCCUACAUCCUCACCAGUAGAGUCCACACCUCCAGCUGUGAGUACAACUGCUUCAGCUACAACCACAAUAACUGGAGAAGCAACCAGCACAACCACAGCAGCCUCCACAGCUCCAGGAGUUGAUGCCACCACAAGUGCCACCACCUCAUCUUCAGUCACUGGUACCACAUCUCCUUCUGGUGCCACCACAACUGUACCAAGUGCUCCCUCUACUACUGAAUCUGGUAUCCUGACCAACAGUGAAGCUACCACCCAGACUCCUGAUGCUACAACUCUGGGGGAUAAGACCACCACUGUGUCAGCAGAUAGAACCACUGCAGCUACCACCGCUCCAGCUGAAGGUGCCACAACCCGUUCAGGUGACUCCACAACCUUAGAAGCCAGCACUACAUCUGUUGCUACUACUGAGUCUGGUACCCUGACUAACAGUGAAGCCACCACCCAGACUCCUGAUGCUACAACUCCAGGGGAAGAGGCUACCACUGAACCAACAGAAGACACAACCACUGAAGCUGCCACAACUGCACCUGCUGAUGCCACAACCCCAACAGCUAACCCUACAUCCUCACCAGUAGAGUCCACACCUCCAGCUGUGAGUACAACUGCUUCAGCUACAACCACAAUAACUGGAGAAGCAACCAGCACAACCACAGCAGCCUCCACAGCUCCAGGAGUUGAUGCCACCACAAGUGCCACCACCUCAUCUUCAGUCACUGGUACCACAUCUCCUUCUGGUGCCACCACAACUGUACCAAGUGCUCCCUCUACUACUGAAUCUGGUGUCCUGACCAACAGUGAAGCUACCACCCAGAUUCCUGAUGCUACAACUCUGGGGGAUAAGACCACCACUGUGUCAGCAGAUAGAACCACUGCAGCUACCACCGCUCCAGCUGAAGGUGCCACAACCCGUUCAGGUGACUCCACAACCUUAGAAGCCAGCACUACAUCUGUUGCUACUACUGCAACAGUUACAUCAUCUGCAACCACAACUCCUAUAGCAGCUUCAGUUGCCACAGAUGCCACAACUACUGCUAGUAUGAGUGUAGCAGUCACCACUACCCCUGCUGAACCUGCUUCUUCAACUAUUGAAGCUGCAUCUCCAGGGGAGGAGGACACUACUGAAUCUUUAGGGACAGCUGCCAGUACAACUCCAUCUGGUUCCACUUCCACCACUGUAUCUGAAGAUUUAACCACUGUACUGGACCCUACCACCCCAGAACCUACAACAGCUGCCCCCACUGAGGAGGUCACUGCUACCACAGCAGAUGAUACUACUCUCUCUGAAGCAAAUACUGAUGCUGCCACGACUCCUUCUGCACAAUCCACACAACCCCUUGAGGCUUCCACACUUGCAGGCUCAGCUGGAACCACCUCUGCUGUUGACAGCAGCACACAACCACCAUCUGCUACUACGACUACAGCCAGUAUACCUAUAACCAGCCUUACUGAUCCUUCCCCAUAAUAAAAGCAAUGCCGUGGUACAUCUCAAGCAUCUUGAUAACAGGUCGUAAUUUCCCUAAAUAUUAAACUUCUCAUCUUAAUUUUUGCCAAUAUCGCCUCAAGAAUUGACUGCAAUCCCACUUCAGAAAUGAGGCCAUUCUAGAAAUUCUGUUUCUUUCACUCUCACUUCUUCUGUGU